CUAAUCAUGCAUUUUUUGUGAACUGAGCGGCAGAACUGUGAAAACUCAGACAAAAGGAGAGGUCUAACGAUUAACGAAUUGCUUUCGUAGAGAGAUGGCAGAAGUUCAUGUUAUAGGGCAGAUCCUUGGAGCAAGUGGGUUCUCAAAUCAAAAUCUUUACUGCAAAUGGAAAAUACACACUGGUGGAGCAUGGAAGGUAAUAGCUGGAAUAAGAGAAGGGCAAACACAGGUGGAUCUCCCACAGAAUGAAAACUUUGCAGUCUGGAGUCACCCUAUUGAUAUUCACUUUGCUACCAAAGGAUUACAAGGAUGGCCUAAAUUAAAAUUUGAGGUCUACCACCAAGAUGACUUUGGACGCAACGAGCUCUACGGUUAUGGAUUCUGUCACUUGCCGACCUCUCCUGGUACACACGACAUCCAAUGCCCUACAUGGCGGCCAUCAGGAACAUUUCGUGAACAGGUUUCGCAGUACUUCAUAGGGGGCGCCCCACAACUUCGGAAUGCCGAUAUGGUGCAGAGUGCUGAACGCUAUACCCUUCAGACUGUUGCUAUGGGUAAAGUUCACUGUCAGCUCGGGAUCAUUCUCAAGAAUUUUGAUAAAUAUGGCGUGGAAUGCUGAUGAAGGUGUAGAAACCAAUAAGCUUGUGUACAAGGAGGCAUACUGGUGUAGUGGUUAUGGGCCAUGUCUCUUUUAGAGAGUCAUGGGUUUAAAUCCUUCUCCAGGCGUUAAUUUCCUUCAGAAAGAACUUUAUUAUGACUCCAGACAAGUGAGGUCAAUGCUAACCUGGCUGGAAUUUACAUUUAUACCUUGAAAUGCAGAACUGCUUAGAUAAAGCCCAGGUAAUUUGGCUGCAUUGCUGUCCAGUACUUUUUUGGUGCUUCUGAUAUGAGUGACAAGUGAUGAAUUUAAGGUUGUGAAGUUAGCCACUGUCAUAUUGUGGGCUAUUUUUGAGGGCAAGAAGGAAUGUCUUUGGUAAAAAAGAUGGUUUGGCAAGGAUACAACCAAGUGUAAUUAUUUUUUAAUUGUAAGAUUGAUUAUUACUAAGAAUCGCAACUCAUUGUAUCACAAAUGAACCACAAAGAAAUAGGUUUAUUAUAUCAAGAUGAGGCAGAAUUUAAAUCAGAAUUUACCUGACUUUGAAUACUGCACUUGAGAUGUGAAGGAGUAAGCAGGUUCAAAAGUCAAAUGAAUUAAACUUCAUACAUGUAGGAAGCCACUCAACUUGCAGCAUGGAGUACUUCUUCGUAAAUCAAAUUGUAUAGAGACAUAAAGAAAGGGGUGGGAGACUACAUGCUCAAAACAAUCCUCCAUUGUCAAAGUAUCAUGACUCACCUGAUGUUUUCCAAGAGUUGUGCA